AUGACAAAGAUGCUCUCUUUGAUCUUUGUCUUUUUGGUCCUGAAGCUUUCCCUCAUUUUUUGCAGUUUGACUGACCCCAAGUGCUUUUGGAGAGUAAAAGACAAGAGAAACCAGGAAGGAGAUGAAGAGCUUGAUUGUUUAUUUUUUAUUUACACAAAGCAUGGAUAUGUAAAGAAUGAUCAUUUCACUGGGAAUCUAGACAAGAAGUUGACACCAAAGAACAUCCACUUGAUAUUCCCUCUUUAUUUUGCCAUGGAAGAAAUCAAUAGGAACCCUCAUAUUUUACCAAACAUUUCUCUGCUAGUUAAGAUUAACUGUGAUCCAAUUGCUAGUCUUACAAAAACUAGUUUGUCAUCAAGAACAAGUGAACAUUUUCCUAACUACUACUGCACAAAACAGAGAAGAUACUUAAUUGAACUUACUGGACCAUUGUGGAGAAAAUCUGCCAUUCUUGUGCCACUCCUGUACACCUCCAGAACUCCAGAGCUUUACUAUGGUCAUUUUCAAUCUCUCCUGAAUGCCCAUGAACAAUUUCCUCAUCUCUACCAGAUAUCUCCCAAGGACACAUCUCUAGCACUAGCUAUGGUAUCUCUAGUGGCUCACUUCAAAUGGAACUGGGUAGGAAUGAUCAUUUCAGAUGAUGACCAUGGAAUUCAAUUUCUUUCUGAAUGGAGAGGAGAGAUGCAGAGAAAACUUGUCUGCUUAGCAUUUGUGACUAUGAUCUCAACAGAUUCAAUGCUAUACUUCAAAAUGUUAAAUAAGUAUUAUAACCAGAUCAUGAUGUCAUCAGCAAAAGUUGUGAUCGUUAAUGGAGACAAAGAAUCUCAUCUAAAGUGGAACUUUAUCCUAUGGCAAUCUCUAAACAUUCAAAGAAUCUGGGUCAGUGUGUCACAAUUUGAUAUGAUCACAGUAAGAGGAGAUUUCUUGCUUAAAUCCCCACAUGGGACUCUCAUUUUUUCACAUCAGCAUUCUGAGGUAUCUGGUUUUAAACAAUUUCUGCAGACAGUACACCCUUCAAACUACAGUAAUGAAAUUUCUCUUAUAAAACUGUGGUGGAUUUAUUUUAAGUGUUCCUUACUAUCAUCUAAUUGUAACAAACUGAAGUAUUGUUCAACAGAAACCCUACUGAAAUGGUUAUUUAGGACACCAUCUGAAAUGUCCAUGAGUGAUACAACUUAUAACUUAUAUAAUGCAGUGUUUGCUGUGGCCCACUCACUCCAUGAGGUGUUUCUCCAACAAGUAGACACAUGGUCCAAUAAUGCUGGGAAGGAACUGGAAUUUGACCCCUGGAAGGUAUUCUCUUUGCUGAAGAACAUACAAUUUGUAAAUCCUGCUGGAGACCUUGUAAACAUGAACCAGGAAGUAAAACUGGAUGCAGAGUAUGACGUUUUCUAUAUCAUGGAUUUUCCACCAAAUUUUGGACCUAAGGUGAAAAUAGGAAAGUUUUCUGGACGUUUUCCAAAUUACCAACAAUUGUAUAUGUCUGAUGAAAUGAUAGAAUGGGCUACAGGUCUUAGACGGACUCCACCCUCGAUAUGCAGUAGACCUUGCAGUCCAGGAUUCAGAAAAUCCCCUCAGCAGGAAAAUGCUGUCUGUUGUUUUGAUUGUAACCCCUGUCCAGAAAAUGAAAUUUCAAACAUGACAAACAUGGAUGAAUGUGUGAAGUGUCCACCUGAUCAGUAUGCCAACGCAUAUCAAACUCACUGCCUCAAAAAAGUUGUAACCUUUCUGGCUUAUGAAGAUCCUUUGGGAAUAUCUCUGGUCUGCUUGGCUCUGUGCUUCUCUGCUCUCACAGCUGUUGUAUUUUGUGUCUUCUUGAAGCACCAAGACACUCCCAUUGUCAAGGCCAAUAACAGAGCUCUCAGCUAUGUCCUACUCAUCUCCCUCAUCUUUUGCUUUCUCUGUCCCUUGCUCUACAUUGGCCAUCCACAUACAAUCACCUGUAUAAUGCAGCAGACUACAUUUGCAAUUGUAUUCACUGUGGCCACCUCUACUGUCUUGGCAAAGACUAUUACUGUAGUACUGGCAUUCAAGGUCACUGUUCCAGAUAAAAGAAUGAGGUCACUGCUGGUUUCAGGGGCACCUAACUUCAUCAUCCCCGUGUGCACCAUGAUUCAAAUGCUUCUCUGUGGAAUCUGGAUAGGAACUUCUCCUCCAUUUGUUGAUGCUGAUGUACACAUGGAACAUGGCCACAUCAUCGUUGUUUGCAACAAAGGUUCAGUGAUUUCCUUCUACUGUGUCCUGGGAUACUUGGGCUCCCUUGCCUUGGCAAGUUUCACUAUAGCUUUCCUGGUCAUGAAUCUGCCUGACACAUUCAAUGAAACUAAGUUCCUGACAUUCAGCAUGCUGGUGUUCUGCAGUGUUUGGGUCACCUUUCUAGCUGUCUACCAAAGCACCAAAGGCAAGGCUCUGGUGGCUGUGGAGGUCUUCUCUAUCUUAGCCUCCAGUGCAGGGCUAUUUCUUUGCAUCUUUGCCCCAAAAUGCUACAUUAUUUUGGUAAGACCAAAGAUAAAUUCUUUUCACAAGUUCAGAGUCACAACUGCUAAAGCUGAAUAUAUUCAUUAA